AUGUCACCAUGCCCGAACUACUUAACUACCCGUAAAGUGAUUGCCAAAUCCCUUGCAAGCCUUUCUGGUUCCAGCGCAUCUUCUUACCUAUCGAGAGGUUCCGUACGAUUGGCCAGUUCGUCCACUUCUGCAGUAUCAGACUCAGCAAAAUCAGAGAAGGAUGCGCAGCAUGCUAUACCUGAACCACUGACUCUACUGCAUAAAACGAGGAGCCUAUUGCCUCGCAUUGUCGGGAAAGGUGGGCCGGGUUUCCAGCAGAUGGCGGAAGUAUCGCACACUUUGGAGUCAGUUCUGUCCAAAGCGUAUCAAAACGGAUCCUGUGUUAGCACUCCUUCGUUGUUCAACCUCUCGUCAGGCUAUCUUGCACAAUUUCCCAUCCCGGUGGAGAUAUCCGAACUUCGCUCACCUUCACUUCCCUUAACAUCCUCGUUCUCAAAGGUACACGAAACCCUUCGCGAUAUCCUCAGAAGCCCUACUUUCCUGGAGAGCGACAUCCGCAUCAUUGUUUGCAACCCGGUGACAAUGCCAAUAAAUGCCAUCCUCGAAGAACACCUGCCUUCCAAAACGAUACUGGUAUUGUCCUCAAACUUUCAGAAAAAGGAAUUGGAAGCUGUAGUACAUCAACAAAUGUCGCGUCAUAAUACACACUCGCUGCAUCCUCGCACUCAGUCCAGGGAUUUCCACAUUAUAUCAGCGGACCCUGGACGCGCAAUCCGGGCAAUCAGGAUUUUGCAGGCGAACCCAACUUCCCCAUCUGCUAUUCAAAAGUACAGCACCGACUUCGUAGAAUCACAGUUAUCUCAAGUGACUAAGUCUCUACAUGACAAAUUGGUACCAACUAAGAGUAUGAAAACGGUACAACGGAAGCUGGGUUUAGAGCGUGUGCAGGAUGUGUUGCACUGGUUUUCUGUCGCCAUUCUCCGUACGCGGAACGAACUGGACAAUGCCUUCCUUGACCAGACUUCGUUAAAAGAGACGCUGGAAGAGCACCGAGCCAGGAUAGAGGUCGACAUUUUUCAAGGUCGCGGUCAGAGUGAUGAGAAGACGCCCAUUAAUAUAGUCUCCGAAGCUAUCAAACAGGCUGAACGGGAUAUGCGGCCAGUCAUGGACAGACUCACUUGGUGGCAAAUGAUCUGGAGAGUGGACGAAAUUAGUAACAUUGUCGCAACUGCCGUAGAGCGGACAUGGUGUUCCAAUCUCGAGAAAAAGUUGAUAUUGGAAACAGGUCAUCUUGCAGCCUUACAAAAUGAGACGUCCGAAUCAGCCCUCUCCCUCCUCUCCAGUCAUCCCACAGUUGCUACUGCUGUUCUUAAGAAUACUCUUCUGCAAAUUAAAAGAUCACCAGGGUAUUAUCUAACACCAGAAAGUCUUACGCAACCCAUAUCUUCGCGUCGCAAUCAAAUUAUAGAGUAUCCGACAAUGCGCCUCCAUAUCACCGGCCAGAGGGCAGUUCUUGGAAUGACAGGGGGAAUCGUUGGAGGUGCAGGGAUUGGGUGGGCAGGUUGGUUAGGCUGGCUUCUCGGUAGUGGUGAGGGUAUGCUGGGGUUUAUUGGGAUAGAUGCUGGCACUGCAAUGGGAGUAGGUAUGAUGAGCGCAGUUGCAAGCAUCCGAUGGGCAGUAGGGAGAUGGGAGAAGUCAAAAUCAAGAUGGUGGCAAGAUUUGGCUAGAGUGGGUGAGGGACUCGAAAGAGAUCUCAAGGUCAAACUCCAAACCACGAUGGAACGACAAGUUGUUAUCUUGGGGGAAACGGCAUGUGAUGGGAUGGAAAAAUCCAUACGAGCACAAGAGAAAGAGCUUGCCGACGUAGUCGCAAGGAUUGAAGAGAUACAAGCUGGGGUCGAUGAGGUGCUGCAUGGAUCACAAUGCAAACCAUAA